CAGCUCUAAGAGAUUAUAGAAUAGAGAUGGAGAAGCUGAUAGAUGAUGAUCCAAAGAAAUUCUUUAAACACGUGAAUUUCAAAAAGGGAAAAAGUGAGGAUCUCCCGCAUGAGAUGACUUAUUUGGAUGUAAAAGCUAGCGACCAAACAACAAUUGCCAGUUUAUUUGCAAAACACUUUGGUUCCGUUUAUAGCUCUUUGGAAGGUGAUCUGCGAUAUGAAAGUUCAGAAAUAGAAAAAAUACGUGAUAUUUGUGCUGAAAUAUCAAUGAUCGAAAUAACCGAGGAGCUUGUUGGUCAAUAUAUAAGCAUGCUGCCAGAUGAUCUUGGGCCAAUAUCAACACUAUUAAAGGAAUCACUUGAAACUGCCACAGUACCGCAGUUAUGGAGAACGUCAUUUGUCAAACCAGUUUACAAGAACGGCGAUAUAAACAACGUUCAAAACUAUCGCGGUGUUGCUUUGCAGUGCAUUACGGCAAAAAUUCUCGAUUCGAUCGUCACAGACCAUCUCAAUCUAUAUUUGAAGAACAUAGUACACGAAAGUCAGCACGGAUUCAUCAAGAACAGGUCAACGAUAACAAAUUUAGUAGAAUUUACUUCAAAAACGAUUAUUAACAUGGGAAGGAGAUAUCAAACAGACGCCAUCUAUUUGGACAUAGCCAAGGCAUUUGACUCGGUUAACUUAAAUUUACUUAUUCAAAAACUUGAAAUCAUGGGAUUGAAUGAGCAGCUGUUAAAAUGGAUCAAAUCUUACUUGUCUGGUCGCAGACAAAUUGUAAAGAUUGCAAAUAUCAAAUCAGACCCAAUCGAAGUUACUUCUGGGACGGGUCAAGAUAUCCCAUUGGCGCUACUUUGUUCAUCAUGUUUGUAAUUGAUCUUCCUUUCGUCGUGACCAAUUCUACCAUGCUUUCAUUCGCUGAUGAUACAAAAAUUUCAAAAUGUAUCACCUCAACAGAUGACUGCAUUAAUCUUCAAAAUGACUUGGAUCGUGUAGCGGAUUAUUAU